UCUCUUGCCGUCCGGUUGCGUUGGAGGCUUCUCUGAAAUCUCCGCGUUGAAAUUGAAAUUAUUAUGAUAUUUAUUAUCCAACUUGGGAUUAUAUCUCGUUCUCCUCAGAUGAAGCUCCAUGCCAGCAGCACCGUCUGACCACAAGUAUGGUGAAGGAGUCAGCCUUAUGGCACUGCCCCUUACCAUCACAUGCAUCCAGGUGGCCCCAUGCCUAGAAUCAACAAGACAGUUGUGCUGGCAUUGCUCAUCGCAACCAGUUCCAUAUUCCUCUUGUUUCAGCUGUACUACUACAGGCAGUAUGUUUCUAAGAAUGGACUUCAUGCCUUGACUGGUAAAGGCUACUUGGCUGGGAAGGAGGCACAGUGGCAUUUAGUGAAGAAGUUUCUAAGCCUGGCCCACAAGUUUAGCCUGCCUGUGUUUCUGGUGGAUAAGGCCUCCCUGAGCCUGCUCUCCCAGGAUGCUGUUCUACUAAAGGACAGUCAGCUGAAAGAGCCCCACUGCACCUUCCUCUGCACCAACAGGGACUUCAUCACCUUCGGCCUGCUCGGAAACCUCUGGAAAUAUGAUGCCAGCUUGCUGGAGGCAGCGGAGGAGCGCGGCCUGGAGCUGCUGGAGAUUCGGGGAAAGGACCCCAGGCUUGUCAGCAUGGACGACCUGAUGGGCAGUGAGAUCCCUCUGCAUCUCCUGUUCCGUUUCAACAGCCGGCUAGUGCAUGUGGUCGUGCUGUACGAGCGAAGCGGCAACUACCUGUGGCACGGACCCCUGCGACUCAAACCCAGCAUGGACCAUACCUUCGCCCCCUUCAGGAAACUGGACUUCGGCCGCUAUGCAGGAGCGUACGACAGGCCCGAACUCAUCCUGAGCACUCUAGAUGGCCUUGAUGUACGAAUUCCCAAAAACUUCUCACGCUUCCUGAAGGAAAAUUCCAACAGCCGCUUUUUGGAAUGCAGAUAUCGAGAAGCUGCGGCCUUCUACCAGCUUUACCCAGAUGAUACAUCUCCAGAGGCGAUGGACUUCAGGAUGAAGGCCAAAAGUCUUCUCCACCUCGCUGCUCGGGUUCUCACUGAGCUUCAGGUCCCAUUCUGGCUGAGCAGUGGCACUUGUCUUGGCUGGUUCCGGCAAUGUAACAUCAUUCCCUACAGUAAAGAUGUGGACCUGGGCAUCUGGAUCAAAGAUUACAGACAUGACAUCACACAGGCCUUUCAGAAGGCUGGACUCCCUCUCAAACACAAGUUUGGAAAGAUAGAGGACAGUCUCGAGCUCUCCUUCCAAGGCCUGGAUGUAAAACUGGACAUCUUUUUCUUCUAUGAAGAUGGUGACAUUGUUUGGAAUGGAGGCACACAGGCAAAGAGCGGCAAGAAAUUCAAGUACGUAUUUCCCCGGUUCAGCCUGUGCUGGACAGAGCUGCUGGAGCUGAAGGUCAGAGUGCCCUGUGAAACCCUGGACUAUGUGAUGGCCAACUACGGGCCGGACUGGAACGUUCCAGUUAAGGCCUGGGACUGGAAGAGCUCUCCACCAAACGUGCAGGAAAACGGGGUGUGGCCCAUCAAGGAGUGGGAUGAUGUCAUCCAAGUGUUCUGAAGCAUCACAGGAAUAAUAUAGUUCAUUUUUUCACUAGGCUGCUACGUUUACAGUCACACUAAGUUCUAAACUGCUAAAACUGUUUGAAUACACUACAGCAACACCGCUAAGGAAAAACUGGAUCUUUGAAGGACGUUCCAUACAUGUGAUCAUCGACAAACCAAACAAUAACGGUGUAAUAUUUCCCACAGAUUGUGCUUUAAAGCAGCGGGUCUCAAAUGAGGGGUUCUGGCACUAAAGUAACUGCAGAAAUAUCUCAGAAUUUGCUUUGUCAAUUUAUUAAAUCUACUUCUGCCCUAUGUAAAAAAGCCAUACAGUGCCCACUUAGUGAGUUAGGUAAUGUGCAGAAAGCUAGCAAAAUUGACAAAUUUGUGGCAAGACAGGGUCCUGGAGCCAUAUUACAGCAACUUCCUAUCUUUUUGUCUUAAGUUAAGAUCUGACAGGUCAAGAUGAGAUUUUUCACAAAUUCGUCUUACAGAAGCAAAUCUUAUUUCAGAGAAUCUUACCUUAUCUUACAGCAUCUUAUCUCAAGUUAAGAAAUCUUUACUCACUCGAUCAAAGUCGACAAUCAACUGUCACGUCUGUUACAUAGCAACCGAGCAACCGAGUUCAAAUAAACUAAAGUCUGAUAAACGGUAAGUUGUGAAUACUGUGAGAGCGCCCCCUGCUGUUUAUCAGAGCGUCGCCGCUCCCCAGUUUCAGUCUUCAUUUCCCAAACACUUUAGCCGAGCGCGCUAACGUUACUCCUCCUAAUAAACAGACACACGUUCAGCUCCGUCUCCUCAUUAUUCACCACCAUCACUGUAAUAUUUCAUCAUCAACAUUAACACACGAAGGUAAUCAGAGGAGUGGUGGAGAUCGAGUCUGCAGCGUCUGAGAUCUUUAAAACACAGAGUUAGAAAAGAAAAACAUCUCACAGUGAAAGCAGCGUUUUACAGUAGAAAUAAAUGGAGCUCAUUAUGCUGGUAGUGAACUAUGCUGCUGACACAGCUGCCUAAAAACCAUAGAAAUGGACCUUAAACAGAAGUGAGGACCCUGUUGGGGUUCAUCCUAAAGUUAGGACAGGAUUUAGGAGGUUUAGUCUAGGUAGGAUGUUUGUGUGAUGCUGUUUUCUUAUCUGGAGUUAAUGAUGAGAUUAUGAAGUCAGGAACUGUUAUUCUGUAAUAGCUAUUGAACUAAAUUCAGUCCUAACUAAAGUCGUCACGGUGACUAAGCAGAUAAGAGAAGAUUUCAGACUUAAGAAGUUCCUGUGAUAUGGCCCCUGCUCUGUAAAGUAAUAUUAGUGAUUGGGAUGGGGGCACCUUACUUCUGGCAGAAGUACAGAUAUGACCCAUGUCCUUCAUUCCCCCUUGGGAAUAGCCAUACCACAGCAUUGACCAUUGUUAAAGGAGUACUCCAGUGUUUUUCAAACUAAUCUUAUGGAUCUGUAGUAUAGGGUCGAUUACCAUGAACAGUAGUUUUGACAUGAAACAACGGGAAUGAAGAAGUGCUACAGAGGUCCCAAAAAUGAGGCAAAAAAGCAGGUGCUCCUUGGUGAAUGGGUGCAGAAAACUAAAAAUCCAUCCACGUCCACAAGGCAUGUGCAACAUAAAUCCCAGAACAAAGAAAUUCCAAAAAAAAAUUGACCGCAUGCUGCAAAUGUGGCAGAGAUUAGGAUGUUAAACAGUGGAUUGUUCCUAGGGAAAAUGUUACUGGUCACAUUAGUGAUGUAUAUAUGUUUUCAAUCGUGAUCUGUAGCGCUGUCUUGAUGACAGUGCUGAGGUGACAUUAAUUUGAAAUUGACUAGUUUAACCUGUACAGAGACGUGUGGCUGUCCAGUAUUCCAGUGUUCGUGCAUUGAGUGCUCGUGGAGAAUGAGUCUAAUUUAACUACAAAACUGACUUACUACUGACAUUUCCUUUUGUUUCUAACCAUUAAAAUCUCCUGAAUAUGACUGAACAAG